AUGAGCAGCUAUGAGAACUGCGGGAUCCAGUUCGGGCCUACUGCGGAUGACUUCUUCGCGUGGCAGAUUUCGGUGGGCCGGGAGCUGGGCUAUGUGCCGAAGGACAAGGAGCGGGUGGGCUGGCGGUCCUUCACGCUGCUGCGCGAGCCGGUGCCCUUGGACCAGCGCACCUGCUCCGUCUACACCCAGACAGAGUAUGACAGGAUUGCUGCAAACCUGUCUACCUGCAGCCAGAUUAUAGAGGAGGUGAGUGUCUGCGAGGCAACGCCCAACUGCACCUUCCGGCCGCUCUUCGGCUCAGGCAGAUGCAUGGACACCCCGAAGUACGGCUCCGUGUGGCUUCCUCAGCCCGUCUACACCUCGAGCACCACGACCAUGGCCAGCACUACGGCCAGCACUGCCACACAGACGAACACCAGCACUGCGACCGCCACGACCGCGACCAGCACCACCACCUGGACCACGUACACAACUUCCAGCAGCGUUACCAUCAGCACCUUGACCAGCACCACAAGCUCCUCGACAAGCGUCACCACUAGCCUCACCAGCAAAACGACGACCAGCUCAACCAUAACGACCUCCACUACUACCACGAUCACGGGCUCAACCACUACAACCAGCACAGAAACCACCACCAGCACCUACACAAGCAGUACGAGUGUCACACUGAGCAUGACCACGACAAGCACUAGAACUGCUACCACCAGCAUCACGACGACAACGACUGCCACCACCACCACAAGCAGCACCCAAACCACCAGCAGCACCUACACCACCAGUACCAGCGUCACGCUAAGCCGCACCACUACUAGCACAAGAACCGUUACCACGAGCACUUCUGUGACGACCACAGGCACGACAAGCACUACAAGCACCGGCACUAGCACCACCAGCGGCACGAACACCAGCACAACCACCGUGACGUCCACGACAACUACGACCACUUUUACCAUCACCACCACUGCGACCACUGCAACUUCAACAAGCUCCACAUUCUCGACAACCUCGUCCACCACCAUAACACAAACCAGCAGCUCUUUAACCUCCACAAGCAGUUCGACCACCAACACAACGUCAACGACUCAGACGGCCACGAGCACCUCCACAACAACCUGGACUUCAAGCAUAACCACGUCUUCUUCAAGCUCUACUUCUACGUCGUCAACCACCUCCUCGAGCAUCACAACUACCAGCGCUACGGAGACCUCAACGACCACCUCAAGCCAGACAAUAACAACGAGCAUCACCAGCACAUCAGUGACCACUACCACUCAAACAACUAGCACGGUGUCUUCAACUUCCCGCACUUCUACAAGCACCAGUUCUGCCACCUCCACCUCAACUUUAUCGACGACAUCGACAAGCACUACAACCACCACAACUUCAUCCACCACAACUUCAUCCACCACUUCAUCGUCAACUACCACAAGUGUCAGCUCGACGAGUUUGACGGAGACCAGCACCUCAAUCACCACCUCCUCGACCACCAAGACCACCACCUCCCAGACCACCACCUCCAGCAACUACGAGCUCAACCACCAGCAGCACUGCCACCGCCACCAGUACGUCUGCCACCUCGACAACCAGUGCAACUUGGCAGGUCGACAUGUCCAGUUGGGCAAGUGA